AGUAAACAUAUAAACACCACCAUGUCUGGUGUGUUGUUCGUAAUUUGCAUCCCAUCAAGCGAUCACGAAUUAACUUUGUUAAGAAAAAAGAAACGAAAAGUAACUAUAGGUUGUCCCGAAACUGUGCAUUACGAUCGUAACAGCUCUUCGAAUUUCCUCCAUUAUGUUUCACCCGUACGUCAAGCUGCAAGUCCUUCAAACAAGAAAAAACAACACAAAUCAAUGGAAAAAAUCCUCGAAAAUGUGAUAAGCCAGCAAGCAAUUAACAAUGCCACAUGGUGCAGAGGAAACAACACCUUCAUCCAGGUCACGUUUUCCGUGGAGUCGAAUGAGGACUGCGACAAAAUCCUGAAGGAACUCCAGGAACACGGAAUUGGAAAAAAAUUUAAUUCCGUCGUCAGCGUCAUUCCGUGUACCGUUCAUUUUCACUCCAGUCCCAACAACACGGAUCCGGAGAAUGAAGAAAGUUGUUCUGAGUCAUACAAGGAACACACCACAGCUUGGAACCGAUUCGUUUCAUCCGUCAGGUCCAGAUUAGCAGUGGCCCAUGUUGUGGAAAACGUCAAGCAUCAUGCCGCUUUAACUUUCGAUUUCAUUUGUCUUAUUUUGAUUUCCACGACGAUGUGUGCUAUUGGACUAACCGAGAACAGCAAUGUUUAUCUCAUGUCCAGUGUUUUAAUCUGUCCAAUGAUGGGGCCUGUGAUGGCCACCACUUUUGGGUCGGUGAUACAAGAUAGAGGACUGCAAAAAAUUGGAGUCCAAAACGAAUUACUCGGCCUUGGAAUAGCGAUGAUCGUCGGUUUCUGUUACGGAUCAGUUAUAUGCAUUAUAACAGACAAAUACGGAACUCAGGGGUGGCCUACCUAUGAAAUGAUAUCUAGGGGCGAAUUACGAUCUUUAUGGGUUGGAUGUUUGAUUGCUCUAAUUUCUGGAGCAGCUGUAGCACUUGGCAUCUUGAGUGAUAAUAUUGCCUCUCUUGUAGGCGUAGCAAUUUCCACAUCUUUGAUGCCUCCUGCUGUAAACGCAGGGCUCUUAUGGUCAAUGGCUUCUGUUUAUUAUAUAAAAGGUGACGAAAGUACCAGAUACUCCUCGUUAUCAUUCAUAAGCCAAUAUUCGGAUAAUAAGGCCUUGGAAUUGUUAGCACUAGCUGGUGUUAGUGUAUGUUUUACAAUCGUAAAUAUCGUUUGCAUUUAUUUAGCAGGAAUCUUAGUAUUUAAAAUAAAAGAAGUAGCGCCUAUAGCUUCAAGAGAUCAUCAUCGCAGAAGAUUUUGGAAUCAUGAUAUAAAAAUAGCAAGAGACUUUAACAAGAUAGAUUGCCAAGACUCUCAGCAUUUAUACGACACGUUAUACAAGGCGAAUUUAAAUGAGAACGAUUGUCUUUGCCACUCCACAGAUUUGGCACACGAAAACUUUAAAAUCAAUAUAAAAAGACCAGAAUAUACUUGGUCACCCUGCAUGCCGAUUACUAAGAGACAAUCGAAAGACUUUUGGGAAAAUCGGACCGGCCCAGUUAGGUUUAAAAACACGCCGAAGUAUAGGAGGUUGUCUCAGAUUUUCAAUCAAAAUAAUGCUGAUUCGGAUAAAUUUAAUAUUAGUUCUCAAACAAAUGAAAAAACUCCAUUACUUGGAGAUGGUGGUGAAUGCAGUUCUAGAAGCAAAAGUUUUUUAACUAAAACCAAGGAAUUUAUUGUUACACCUUGUGAUGAGGGUGCUCUGAAUGUUUAAUUGUUUGUUGUUGUUUAAUGUUGAAUUAAUAAAUCAUUUAAUAUUCGAAAA